AUGGCUGCGGUAAUGCCAGCAACAGAAAGCUUGACGGUGGACACGGCACCGCUUGAUGGUGACUCUGCACUGGCUACUCAGAAGACAGUUGAUGGUCCAUCAUCCAAGGACUGGAGAGGUGGAAGAGCUGCUUCCUUCAACAUCAUUCCCAGCAGCACCGGAGCUGCCAAGGCUGUCGGAAAGGUGCUUCCACAGCUCAACGGAAAGUUGACCGGUAUGUCCUUCCGUGUUCCCACCGUUGAUGUCUCAGUUGUUGAUCUCACUGUUAGACUCGAGAAAGCUGCAACCUACGACGAAAUCAAGAAGGCUAUCAAGUAA